GAGCCGAGCCGGGGCCCGGGCAGGCCCCGAAACCUGAGUAGCGCAAGAAGCGGGCGGGAGCCAAGCCCGGGAACGUGGCUCGGGGAGGAACGCGGGGGAGAGCAGCCAGCGGGCUGGGCGGGCUGCCCCGCCGCGCAGCGGGGGCUGGGGGCGGCCGCGGAGAGAGGCUCCCCGGGCGGCCCCGCUUCGGAGUUCCCCCGUCGGGCCGGGGCCUGGGCGAGCAGCAGGUGCCGCCGCCCCAGGCGGGGAGCCGGGGCGCAGCGAGGGGCCGGUCCUCGGAGAGAAGGCGGGCGGCGGCCAGAGCCAUCAGCCGCCGCUCAGCGCAGGAGGGCGGACCGCAGCGGGUCCCGGGCUCCGACGCCCCGCCCAGGAAGAAGCCCCUUCUUCCCGGCAGCGGGCGAGAGGCGCUGCCCGGCGGAGAUCGACUCUGGACUAUCCAUGUUCAUUAAGGACCCAUCCACCCACAAUUGGAGCACUGGGCAAGGGGCUACAUUUUCUGGGAAAGCUCCCCAGGUGCAUAGGGCAAGCCCCCGAGCUUAAUGCAAGGAGCAAUGGUGUAGGUCCGUUGGUCCAGUUCACAAAGGCAUUUUGCAGUAGUGCAAGCCUCCUGGCUGUGAGAGUGUCACUGCGCAGCAUGCAAAGAUGCAAGUUCCCAGAGCGCAACUGUCAUUUCCAGGAGGCACCACUGUCCUAGUGGAGCUCACCCCAGAUAUCCACAUUUGUGGCAUUUGCAAGCAGCAGUUCAAUAACCUCGAUGCCUUCGUUGCUCACAAGCAGAGCGGCUGCCAGCUGAUCAGUGCAAAUGGAACUACUAGUACAGUCCAGUUUGUUUCAGAAGAAACUGUGCCAUCAACACAGACUCAAACCACAACCAGAACAAUCACUUCAGAGACUCAGACCAUCACAGUUUCUGCUCCAGAGUUUGUUUUUGAGCAUGGCUACCAAACGUAUCUGCCCAGUGAGAGCCGUGAACCUCAGACUGCUGCUGUUGUCUCUCCAUCAUCAAAAACGCGUUCCAGAAAAUCCACUACUGCAGUUGUCCAAAAGAAAUUGAACUGCUGCUAUCCAGGUUGCCAAUUCAAGACAUCCUAUGGUAUGAAAGAUGUGGAACGUCAUUUAAGAACACACACAGGAGAUAAGCCCCAUAAAUGUGAGGUGUGUAGCAAGUGCUUCAGUCGCAAAGAUAAGCUGAAGAUGCACAUGCGUUCCCAUACUGGGGUGAAACCUUACAAGUGUAAACACUGUGACUAUGCAGCUGCUGACAACAGCAGUCUCAACAAGCACCAGCGCAUCCACUCAAAUGAGCGUCCUUUUAAAUGCCAGAUCUGUCCUUAUGCGAGCCGCAACUCUAGCCAGCUUACUGUCCAUCUCAGAUCCCAUACUGGAGAUGCUCCGUUUCAGUGUCGGAUGUGUAGUGCUAAAUUUAAAAUCAACUCGGACUUGAAGAGGCACAUGCGUGUGCACUCUGGAGAGAAGCCAUACAAAUGUGAGUUCUGUGAUGUCCGCUGUGCCAUGAAAGGGAACCUGAAAUCGCACAUCCGUAUCAAGCACAGCAUGGAGAACACGCUCAAGUGUCCAGAGUGCGAGUUCCAGUGCGGAAACAAAACAACCCUUCGGCAUCACUUAAGAGCCCAUCAGCCUGAGCAGCCAGUGAAGUGCUCAAAAUGCAACUACUCUUGCUCUAACAAGGCAGCUCUCAAGGUGCACGAGAGAAUUCACUGCGAGGAUCGCCCUUUCAAAUGUGACUUUUGUAGCUUUGAUACCAAGCAGCGGAGCAAUCUGACCACGCACGUGAAGAAAGCCCAUGGAGACAAAGUCAAGAUCAAAAAGCAAACUACUGAGAAGAAAGAGGGAGAUAAGUUAAAGCAGGGCAGCUCCAGGCAAGUAGCCAAAUUGGAUGCUAAGAAAGCAUUUAAAUGUGGCCUGUGUGAGGCUUCCUUUGUCCGAGAAGAUUCUCUUAGGAGCCAUAAGAAACAGCACAGAGAGUAUAAUGGGACCAAAAGUACUGAACUGGCUGUAUUGCAGUUGCACAUGGACCCCAGUAGGCAGACCAGUGCCCCAAUCACUGUAAGUCACCUUCAAGUCCCCAUUCAAGCCACUCAGGUUUCUCCUUACAAUGAAGGAAGGGUCAAGAUCAUUGCUGGCCAUCAAGUGCCUCAAGCUAAUGGAACAGUUCAGGCUGCUUCAGUGAAUGUUAUGCCUCCCACAUUAGUUGGCCAGAAUCAGGAGGACCUAUCUGCGAGUAGCCAGUUGCAAAUACUGCGCCAAGUCAGUCUACUGGCACCGCCUCAUCCCCCUAUUUCUCAAAGCGAAGCUGUGUCAGUGGGGCAGCCGGCCGUUCUUCUCACUGCCCAGGACCAAAGUGACAGCAAUGCUCUCCACCAGACUUUGAUUUCUGCUGCUUCAGUCAGUAGUCACAGGGCUUCAGCAAGCCAGACUUUCAUCAAUGAUUCUGGAAUCAGCUGCUCUGACUUGGAAGGGCUCAAUGCUUUGAUUCAGGAAGGGGCAACGGAAGUGGCUGUGGUUAGUGAUGAAGGUCAGAGUAUCUCUGUGUCCACUUCAGCUCCCCCUCCUCCCAUCUUUUCCUCAUCCUCUCACACACAAGCACCUAAGCAGACCUACUCCAUCAUUCAAAGUGAAGCCCAUACAGCUUCGCUGUGUCCUGCAGACUCCAUACCAGAUUAGUUUUAAAAAACUAGCGCAAAUUCCACCCUGGAUUGCCUUGUGAAGCCUUGGAGUCAGUGGGAUUUUCAUGACACUUAGUGAGGGCCAGUUUUUCAGGAGUCCUAAGAUUGGCCUCUAAAGUUCCAUUUGCACCACUUUGCACAUGUAGUCGUAUGUUGCAUUCUCACAUACUCAUACAGUGGCUUGCACAUGAGGGUGUGCACAAUUACAUGUAUUGGAAACUAGAGGCUUCAGUCUUUGAAAAAUGUGAACCUGAAUAUCAAAGCAACUGUUUAAAAUUUCACUUUUAAAAAAACUUCCCAGAGCAGGAUUUACUUUGCGCAGCAAAUGUCUUAUUUAAACAAAAUAGCUUUUUUUUAAUCAGAUGCAAAGAACAUCUCGCUUUAAGAUACCAUCCCCUGUGGAAAAAUUUGAGGGCAGGUCUAUAUUACAGGGGAAAGUCGAUCUAAGCUAUGCAAUUUGAGUUACGUUAGUAGCGUAACUCAAGUCGACACGUAGCUUAGAUCUGCUUUCACAGGGUGGGGGUCCAAACUACGCUAUGUCAACAGGAGACGCUCUCCUGUAGACUUCCCCUACUCUUUUCCAUCUGGUGCAGUACUGGAGUCGACAGGAGAGCAAUCUGCGGUCAAUUUAGCGGGUCUUCAUGAGACCCGCUAAAUUGACCCCUGAUGUAUCGAUUGCCACAGCGUGGAUCCACUGGUAAGUGGAGACAAGCCCUGAGCAAGGUGGCUUUGUACAACGAACCAAAACAGUUGUUCAGAGACCCAUUAACACCUAGCCAGCCUGUCCCAAACCUCCUCUUGCAGGUUACUAUAGGACCUACCCUGUAGCUGUGCUCUACUGCAUAUAAGCCCUGAUCAGGCAAAGUAUUUAAACAUAUGAGUAGCCCCAUUGUUUUAAGUGGAACUACUCUCAUGCUUAAAAUUGAACACGUGCUUAGGUUCUUUGCUGGAUUGGGGCUGUGAUGGGAGCACCCUCUGUGGUUAAUCUGUCUGUUGCUAACAUAGUACAGCAGUGGUUCUACUUUUUGGACUUUGUACAUGGUACCAAUAAUUUCCCCAAAACAAACGUCUGUUCAUUUUUUUAUUACUUGUUAGACAAUUCAAACUACUGGACAUAAUUCUAAUAGAAUUUCGUAUUAUCUAGGUGCUACUAUUUAGAUGAUAAAAAAUUAACAGUAUAUUAAACAACAUUAAGAAUUAAGGGCCCUAGUCCUUCAACUGCUUAUGGAUUUGCUUAACUUCACUUGAAUAGCCCCACUGAAGUGUUUGCAGGAUUGGGGUCUAAAUUUGUAAAUGUUGAUUUUUUUUUUCAUUUAGAUUCAGAACCAGACUAAUCAGGAUGAAUUGGAGCCAGAUUUUCAAAAGUGCUCAGCACACGGCAGCUCCUAAUGUGACAGUUCUCACCAGACUUUUCCAAAAUGCUCAGAGCCCUUCUGGCUGAGUUUUUUUAAAAAAAAAAAAAUCUGGUCACUGAUUUCUAAUUACAGGAAAAGUCUAUUGAAGUCAGUAGGAAUUGGGGGCACUUAGCACUGUGGUUGAGACGCUCAUGCAGAAUCAGGCCCCAAAGUAUUUCUGUUAAAAUAAUAGGCUGUUGUCUGUGUGUUGGUGAUAUUUUGUGUCAUAACAGACUUUUUAUGCAAAUCAUGUAUACAGCACGAUGCUCUGUAUCAGAAGGGUCCUUAAAAAAAAAAUACAAUAUAUUUUUCCAAAUACA